AUGCGGAGUGGGGCAAUUGCAAAUGGCCGCUCCUCGCGAUCACGCGUGACAUCGUCGCUUCCUCGCGACGUUCACCAUGUUGGAUUUACACGCCAAACAUAUGCAUGCCCGCUUUGCCCGGCGUGCUUGUCGGCUCCUGGUAAAUACCUUGAAGAAUUCCUUUCCCUCAACGUUCCCGAUAGAGAUUGGACGAAAUUGACCAAGAGUCAACGAAUUCUCCUCUUUCGGUAUGUACACACCAGCAGUUCGACAACAACACUCCGAAACAUCGCUAACUCCCCAAAUGUUCACAAGAAGCCACCACAGACACCUCAGCAACCUGGGACACCUCUUGUAGACAGCUUUCUCUCCUUUACUCGUCUUUCUCUCUUUACAUUUUCUCGGUAUAAUUUCCUUCUCUUUUCUUCUCUCCCCAUUUUUCUUUUCGUUUUCUCUUUUUCUCUUUUAUAUAUUUCCCCUCCUCUUUUUCUUUUUCGUCUUCUUUUUUCUUCUGUCCCAUUCUCUUUUCAUCUUAUUUAUUUUUUUAUCCUUUUCCCCUUUUCUCUAUUUUGUUUUUGUUUUUUUUUUCUUCCUCGUUCUACUCUUCCUUAUUUUUCCUCUUUUUCGUUUUCCUUCACCUACGCAAAUUUUUUUCUUUCUCUUCCUAUUUCUCUUCCUCCUCCUCCAACUCCUAUGUUAUCCUCUUGA